AUGGUGCUGGAUUCUGGGUUUUCAGAAAAUAUGAGUAAGUUCUCUUAUUUUUCAUCUGGUGUUGUUGACGACAAUCGUAUGGAGUUGUAUGAUGAUGGUAAUGUUAUAGAGAUGAUUAGGAUUUCACAUGAGAUAGAGUCGAUGAAUCUUUAUGUGGUUAGAGAAGAUGAUCUUGUUCUUGAUGAUGUACUUGUUGGAGAAGUGGAAGAAGAAGAGGAACCACAAGAUGAUGAUGAAGCGUAUGAUUUUUACCGUCACGAUUACAUGGAGAGUGAUGGUUCAGAAGGGGAGGGUGAUAAUGACAGGAUAGACUUUUAUGUAGGUCAGGAGUUUGUUUCGAAGGAAAAGUGUAAGGCAACAAUAGAGAAAUAUGUUGUGAGAAAGAAGCUGAAUAUUCACUUUCCGAAGUGUGAGAAGAAGAAAAUACAGGCUGUAUGUGUUCAAGACAGUUGCAAAUGGCGUCUAUAUGCAUCAAUAAACAGCCGCUCAGACAAAAUGGUAGUGAGAACAAUGGAAGGAACACAUAGCUGUUAUCCUACUGGAGUUGUUGACCUCUACAGUGCACCAAAGAUAGCUGCUGAUUAUAUCAACGAGUUUAGGACCAAUCCUAAGCUCUCAGCGGAACAAAUUCAACAAAGAUUAGGAAUGGCUGGGCUUCGGGUAACAAAAACGAAGUGUCAAAGCGCAAGACAGAUUAUGAAGCACAUUGUCAGUGAUGAAUAUGCUGAGCAGUUUACAAGAAUGUAUGACUACGUUGAGAAGCUGAGGAAAACUAAUCUUGGAUCUACGGUGAUAUUAGGUACAAAAGAUAGAGUUUUUGAGAAGUUCUACACAUGUUUUGCAUCUCAUAAAAAUGGCUGGAAGAGUGCAUGUCGUAGAGUUAUCCAUUUGGAUGGUACAUUCCUAAAAAGCCGAAUGAAAGGACAACUUUUGACUGCUGUGGGAAAAGACCCAAAUGAUGCAAUGUAUAUCAUUGGAUGGGCGAUUGUACCAGUGGAAAACAAAGUCUAUUGGGAGUGGUUUAUGGAUCUAUUGCGAGAAGACUUGGGUUUGGAAGAUGGUAAUGGCGUGGCACUUUCUUCAGAUCAGCAAAAGGGACUGAUUUAUGCAAUCAAAAACGUGUUGCCCGACGCAGAACAUAGGAUGUGUGCUAGACACAUUUUUGCCAAUUUGCAGAAAAGGGCAUUUUUUAGUGACAUACCAAAGUCUGUUUCUGUUGAAAACAACAUCAGUGAAAGCUAUAAUGCUGUCCUAAAAGACGCUCGAGAGAAACCUAUUGUUGGCUUGCUUGAAGACAUAAGGCGCCAUAUCAUGGCAAGUAACUUGGUUAAGAUUAAAGAGAUGGAGUCUGUAACAAGCCUGGUCACACCUAAGGCAUUGGCAACAAUAGAGAAGCAGAAAAAGAGUUUAAAGUGGUGUCAACCACUGUCUAAUGGAAGAGGUAUUUAUGAAGUUGAUCAUGGGAAAAACAAGUAUGUGGUGCAUGUUCGAGAUAAGACUAGUUGCUCUUGCAGAGAGUACGAUGUGAGUGGUAUUCCCUGUUGUCACAUUAUGUGUGCAUUGUGGGCUGAGUAUAAGGAGACAAAGCUUCCUGAGACAGUGGUUUUAGAUUGGUUUUCUGUGGAGAAAUGGAAGCUUUGUUACAGCUCACUUAUGUUUCCUGUGAAUGGUAUGGAACUGUGGGAAACUCAUAGUGAUGUUGUAGUCAUGCCUCCACUGGACAGGAUCAUGUCAGGAAGACCUAAGAACAAUGACCGAGUGAGAGAUCCAUCCGAGGCAGCUUCUCAGACUUCUCAAAAUUCUCAAAAAGCUAUUGUGACAUGUAGCAACUGCUUACAAACGGGUCAUAAUAUAUGGACAUGUGAACAAGAGAUUGUGCCUAAACCACCAAAGCCCGUUCCACUCUUUCCAUCCUUUCAUGCGAAAACUGUCAUGACAUGUAGCAACUGUCAACAAACCGGACAUAACAAGCGUAAAUGUAGACUAGAGCCGGUGACCAAGCCCUCUAAUCAGCCUCGUGGAAGACCAUCGAAGAAACAAAAGACCAUAGAAGACACAAAUGUGGAGUAG